UGUCAACAGUUGAUCACGCAUGCGCAUUGAGUGCUUCCGCUCUCCAGGCACAUGCUUCUCAACAUGGCAGACGCAACUGUUGACAGUGAAAAUGCUCCCCUCCUCCCUGUGGCAUUCAGUAGUAUCAAUGACGUACGAUUCCAAAAAGAUGUCUCUGAGGAAUCCUCUUUGCAUUCUCCAACAUCCAGCACUAACCUUAUUGAGAAGUAUGAACUCGUCAGAUGUCUGCAAUGGAUAACAAACAAUGGCUUUCAAAGAGUGUCACUUCAGUUUCCUGAUGAAUGUCUGGUCGACUCUGCUGCUAUAACAGCAUGGCUUGAUGGGAAUGUUUCUGGCAAGGUAUUUGUUCUUGGAGACACGUCUUAUGGCAGCUGCUGUGUCGAUGAAGUAUCUGCCCAACAUUACACUGCUGAUAGUAUCAUACAUUUUGGCUACACUUGUCUCAGUCCAACAAAACGAUUACCUGUUCUGUAUAUAUUUGGAAGAUAUUCUAUUGAUGUCGAAGAUUGUUGUGCAAAGUUUCAAGAAAUCAUACCAGAUCCCAUGUCAAAGGUCAUCAUCUAUUACGAUGUUAGAUACUCACAUGCUGUUGAUGAUUUCAAAGCUGGUAUAACCGUCUAUGAGAAUGUCUUGAUAACUAAACUGAAUGUCCCAACAGAUAAAUUAGCUGAAGAGAAUGACCAGGGAAAUCAAGAGGGAUUCUCAAACCACUCUAUAUGUGGCCGGAUAUUUACUGUUCCUGAUAAUGCAACCAUUUCUGACUAUUCUAUAUUCUUCAUUGGUGAAGAAGGAUUAUUACUGACCAACUUAAUGUUUUCAUUUCCUAAAUGCCCACUAUUUUUCUACAACACAGUGUCAAAAGAAGUUCGUCAGGAAACAUUAAUUAACAAAAAACUAAUGAGAAGAUAUUACAUGAUUGAAAGAAUCAAAGAUGCCAAUAUUAUUGGUAUUGUAGUUGGUACUCUUGGUGUGUCUGAUUAUCUCCAGUGUGUCCACAGAAUGGAAUCCAUUAUUAAGAAAGCAGACAAAAAAAGUUACACAUUUGUGGUAGGGAAACUCAAUGUUGCCAAGUUGUCCAAUUUCUUAGAAAUCGACAUUUUUGUUUUAGUCGCAUGUGCUGAGAACAGUCUCAUAGACUCUAAGGAAUUCUUUAAGCCUAUUGUGACACCAUUUGAAGUUGAAAUUGCACUGAAUUCUUCCCGAGAAUGGACUGGUGAUUACUAUACUGACUUCCGACCACUUCUUCCUGGUGCCAUUGCCCAUGUUCCUCUUUCUGAUGGCCCAUUUGAUAAUACAGAUGUGUCAUUGAUCACAGGAAAACUACGGACAUUAGGUCAAAGUGAUAAUCAACCAGAACCAUCAGACACCAUCAUUGCCAGACCAGAAGCACUUUCUGUUACCACAGUGAAAGCCAAAGAUGCAGGAGAAUUCCUGGCACAGAGAUCUUGGCAGGGUUUGCAGCCACAACUCGGUGAGACCCCAGUUACCAAGGCAGUCGAGGGCAGCAGUGGUAUCGCUUGGAAAUAUUCCCAUGAAUGUUCAUAACAAUUUAAUAGAUAUAUAUUUAAUAAACAAAAUAUUUGAUAAAAUUAAAUUCUUUUCUCUGACAGAAAAAAAAAAAUCUAACAACGAACAGACAUUCUAAUGUCUAAUAACCAUUUGUUUUACAGACACAGGUUCCAGUGUUGCAGGGAAGAACAAGCAGGAAUUUGAAUCAUCUACACUAUAUUACUGGAGAUUUGAACUAACAAGUUACAUUAAAUACUAUUAACAUGAUAGAACCAUUACUUUACUGUUUCAGCAAACACAUUCAAAGCUGACCGAGACUGUAUUUUCAACUUCAGAGUUCAAAUUCUGUCAGAGCCAACCUUUUGUCUUGCUUAGGUCAACAAAAUAACAGUAGAGCCAAAGGAGCUUCUAUAAAGUUCUUGACUUGCUAAAAAUAGCAGCCAAAUCUCCCUUAAACUAUAUCCUACCACCUCGAAAAAAUAAAAACAUUGGACAAUGUAAUCUUGGCUCUACAAAAAUACUAGAUGGUCAUGGCUAGAAUGUAUUUGAUCAUGGGUCUGUUUGAUUGUCUAAAUAACAACAAAUAACUAAGUACCAGUAAUGUAGCAAGAUUGAUUCAAUUUGUUGAAUCCCUUCUUAACAAGGCUUUCUCAUUUCUUAAACACUCCUUUUUUUCUUUUUUACAUGAUUUACAAAUAUUUCACUGAAAUGUUGUUACUUUGUCAUAGAAGAACAGAUGGCAGAAUAAAAAACAUUUGCUUCAA